CGGAACUGAAGACUGUCGGCGAGUACGGCCUGCGCAACAAGCGUGAGGUGUGGCGUGUCCAGCUUACCCUGUCCAAGAUCCGUCGUGCUGCUCGGUAUGCGAUCCCAGUUAUCCGAUAAGGAAAUCAUCCAAUGAAACUAACUCACUUCCAUAGUGAGCUUCUCACCCUCGACGAGAAGGACCCCAAGCGUCUGUUCGAAGGAAAUGCCUUGAUUCGCCGUCUGGUCCGUAUUGGUGUGCUUGACGAGUCGCGCAUGAAGCUCGAUUACGUUCUUGCCCUCCGCAUUGAGGACUUCUUGGAGCGCCGUCUCCAGACCUGUGUCUACAAGCUCGGUCUCGCCAAGUCCAUCCACCACGCCCGUGUCUUGAUCAAGCAGCGUCACAUUCGUGUCGGCAAGCAGAUCGUCAACGUUCCCUCCUACAUGGUUCGCCUUGACUCCCAGAAGCACAUCGACUUCGCCCUUACCUCGCCCUACGGUGGUGGCCGCCCUGGCCGUGUCCAGCGCAAGAAGGCCCGCGCUGCUGAGGGUGGUGGUGAAGACGGUGGUGAGGAGGACGAGGAGUAGAUUAUUAAAACUAGGAGUAUGGACGGGUUUUAAUUUAGAUAUUCAAAAAACGGGGUUCCAUUGUGACUGCAG